UUUUUUCCUCUUCUUUUUGCAUGUGAAUAGUAAUAACACUUAUAUCAUGAUCUAACUAAAGCAAAAUAAAAAAAAGAAACUUAGACUAAUGCGCCUGGUAAUUGAGACAUUGACAUUCAAAUCUCGUGUAUAAAUUAAUUUACAUCCCAUUGACAUUAGUGUAAAUUUUUUAUUUUGUCGUGAUAUUACUACAUCGCGGUUCAUUUUCUGUGAUGUCAUCUAAUUUAAAUAAUAUCCCGCUCUUAGUAAUAAUGACAUUUAAAUAUCAAAAGUUCAUGAAACGAGUUUAAACAUAGGGCAAUUGAAUAAAAAAUAACUGCUAGUCCCGAAAUCUGGGAUCCAAUGACCGGUGGCCCCUGUCUAGGCGACAAACCUAUUAGUACUUACUUUCUUUUCAACGAGAUUCAGUAUAGUAUAUAUACUAGAUUCGCCUUUCAAAAUUUACUAUAUGUUUUUCUUUUCCCAUGAAGGUUUAUAACUACAUACUCUCCUAUAGUUGGGCUGACGAUAGAACCGUUCAAGAGGCUCUUCACGUCCGACCGGGAACAAUUAGGAAGUGGGCAAGGUGCAACGAGAGUUUAUCUUACAAAUACUCUGUCAGAGAAGUGAUUGACUAUCACAAAGAGCUCUUAAAAAGGGUAUAUCGAGCACUUAUUUAUAGCGGCGACCAUGACAUGGCCAUUCCGUACGUGGGAACACUCGCCUGGAUCUACACACUGAAUUUAACGAUCUCUCAAGAUUGGGAAGCGUGGUUCGUCGAUGGACAAAUUGCCGGAUACACUACGCUAUACUCUUACGGACAAGCCUAUCUUACAUAUGCAACCGUCAAGGGAGGAGGGCACACGGCUCCCGAGUACAAGCCUAAAGAAUGUUUGGCCAUGAUUGAUAGGUGGUUUGCUUAUUACUACCUCUAAUCAAGAGUCGUAAGCCCACUCUAAUUUUGAGGAUUCUUAUAAUAAGGUGACAUUAGAUUAUGACCUCUGGUCGAGA